AUAUCUCAAUCUCUGUGUUUAACAACUAAUAUCAGAUGACAAUCAUGGACCAGACAAUUGUAACCACCGGAUCAAAGAAGGCUUGUGUCAUCGGUGGCACAGGAAACUUGGCCUCUAUUCUCAUCAAGCAUUUGCUUCAAAGUGGUUACAAAGUUAACACCACAGUUAGAGAUCCAGAAAAUGAGAAGAAAAUGUCUCACCUUAGGCUACUUCAAGAACUUGGGGACCUCAAGAUCUUCAAGGCGGAUUUGACCGAUGAAGAGAGUUUCAAUUCACCAAUCUCUGGCUGUGAAUACGUUUUCCAUGUUGCAACGCCGAUCAACUUUACAUCUGAAGAUCCCGAGAAAGACAUGAUCAAGCCAGCGAUACAAGGAGUGAUCAAUGUGUUGAAAUCUUGCUUAAAAUCGAAAUCAAUCAAGCGAGUCAUCUACACUUCUUCAGCUGCUGCGGUUUCCAUCAACAAUCUUUCUGGACCUGGACUUGUGAUGAACGAAGAAAACUGGACUGACAUUGAUUUUCUCACAAAGGAGAAGCCGUUUAACUGGGGUUACCCAAUUUCAAAGAUGUUAGCAGAAAAGGCAGCUUGUAAAUUUGCAGAAGAAAAUAUGAUCAAUCUUGUUACUGUGGUUCCGGCACUAAUAGCCGGAAACUCUCUCCUCUCCGAUUCUCCUCCGAGCAGUUUAUCUCUCUCAAUGUCUUUAAUCACUGGGAAAGAAAUGCAUCUGAUCGGUCUCAAGGAAAUGCAGAAGCUAUCUGGAUCGAUCUCGUUCGUCCAUGUGGACGACUUGGCUCGUGCCCAUUUGUUUCUUGCGGAGAAAGAAACCGCUUCUGGUCGCUAUAUUUGCUGUGCUUACAACACAAGUGUUCCAGAGAUUGCAGAUUUUCUCACACAAAGAUAUCCUAAGUACAAUGUUUUGUCAGAAUUCGAAGAGUGUUUAUCAAGUGCGAAACUGACGCUAUCUUCGGAAAAACUCAUCAAUGAAGGCUUUCGAUUUGAGUAUGGGAUCAAUGAGAUGUAUGAUCAGAUGAUAGAGUAUUUCGAGUCAAAAGGAUUGAUCAAAGCUAAAGAAAUUUGAUUCCUUUUAAUGUAAAAAUUGGAUUUUAUGAGUAUAUGAGUCUUUGAUCUCAUUCUCAUUCUAUAAAUGGCUUUGAAUAAUUAGUCGGUCUAUUUUAUGUGUCGUUAAUCUGAUAUAUAAAUAUUACAUAUAAAAAAUAU